AUGGAAAUUUAUGCAUACCCUGAACUUCAAUCACAAUUACAGAUGAAGGUAGCACAAAUUGAGUCAAAAUUAGCCCAGAUUGAUGCGUUACCCAUCACUGUGCUAAUUACUCUUAAAGUAGAUGCCACACCUUUUACUUCUAAAGGAAAAGAAACAAAGCGAGUUUCCUAUGUGGAAAAGAAAAGAACUGUAUCCAUUUCAAAAACUAGCUCAUCUAGUAUUAGCCGUAAGGCUCCCAAGAAACAACCAGUUAUACUAGCAUCCAAAACAAUUAGUACUGUGAUGACUGGAUAUAAUCCUGAACUUAAGAAGAAUGUUCAUGAAUUUACAGUAUAUAAUAUCCCCUCCAGAUGGAUCCAACUUGAUGUCCUUAAUCACUUAAAGGAUUGGGUUUAUGUUAUUAUGAUUAAAUUUAAAUCACAACAGAAAUACACUACUAUUACCACCCCAGCAGUGUUAAUAGGAGUUUUUGCUUUUACCACUAUUGCAAUUUUUUACCCAGAUAACCCUGCUCACUUAAUCUUUACACCUACUGGGUGUAAAGCAUUUAAAUUAAUUCAAGAUAGAGGUACCCGCAAAUUGAUAAUUUACUAUGAAACAUGGGCUGACUUGGAUAAAGUUAUUGGUAAGGCUUUCAGUUUAACUGAUUUUACAGGUGAUUGA